AGAGCGAGUGGAGCCUCCGCCAGCUCCGGCGGGCAGCGGGCGCUGGAGCGCAGCGCAGCGCAGCUCAGCUCAGCGCGCAGCACCAUCGGUCCGCAGAGCGGACUGAGCUAGAAGCUGAGCGCUGUCGCCGGAGGCGAGCAAUGAGGAGGGCAGGUGCUGCCUGCAGCGCCAUGGACCGGCUGCGCCUGCUGCUGCUGCUGCUGCUGCUUCUAGGGGUGUCCUUUGGAGGUGCCAAGGAGACAUGUUCCACAGGCAUGUACACCCACAGUGGAGAGUGCUGCAAAGCCUGCAACCUGGGCGAAGGUGUGGCCCAGCCUUGCGGAGCCAACCAGACCGUGUGUGAACCCUGCCUGGACAGUGUUACGUUCUCUGACGUGGUGAGCGCCACCGAGCCGUGCAAGCCGUGCACCGAGUGCCUGGGCCUGCAGAGUAUGUCCGCUCCCUGUGUGGAGGCAGACGAUGCCGUGUGCCGAUGCUCCUAUGGCUACUACCAGGACGAGGAGACUGGCCGCUGCGAGGCUUGCAGCGUGUGCGGGGUGGGCUCAGGACUCGUGUUCUCCUGCCAGGACAAACAGAACACAGUGUGUGAAGAGUGCCCAGAGGGCACAUACUCAGAUGAAGCCAACCACGUGGACCCGUGCCUACCCUGCACGGUGUGCGAGGACACUGAGCGCCAGUUACGCGAGUGCACGCCCUGGGCUGACGCCGAAUGCGAGGAGAUCCCUGGCCGAUGGAUCACAAGGUCUACGCCCCCGGAGGGCUCUGACGUCACAACACCCAGCACCCAGGAGCCGGAGGCACCUCCAGAGCGAGACCUCAUAGCCAGCACAGUGGCCGAUACGGUGACCACUGUGAUGGGCAGCUCCCAGCCUGUAGUGACCCGAGGCACCGCUGACAACCUCAUUCCUGUCUAUUGCUCCAUCUUGGCUGCUGUGGUUGUGGGCCUUGUGGCCUAUAUUGCUUUCAAGAGAUGGAACAGCUGCAAGCAAAAUAAACAAGGAGCCAACAGCCGGCCGGUGAACCAGACACCCCCACCAGAGGGAGAGAAACUGCACAGCGACAGCGGCAUCUCUGUGGACAGCCAGAGCCUGCACGACCAGCAGACCCACACACAGACUGCCUCAGGCCAAGCCCUCAAGGGUGAUGGCAACCUCUACAGUAGCCUGCCCCUGACCAAGCGUGAGGAGGUCGAGAAGCUGCUCAAUGGUGACACCUGGCGACAUCUGGCAGGCGAGCUGGGCUACCAGCCGGAGCAUAUAGACUCCUUUACCCACGAGGCCUGCCCAGUCCGAGCCCUGCUGGCCAGCUGGGGUGCCCAGGACAGCGCGACGCUCGAUGCCCUUUUAGCCGCCCUGCGACGCAUCCAGAGAGCUGACAUUGUGGAGAGCCUGUGCAGCGAGUCCACUGCCACGUCCCCUGUGUGAGCUCACCGACUGGGAGCCCCUGUCCUGUCCCACAUUCCGACCGCUGAUGUUCUAGCCCCCACAGAGCCGCCCCCCUCUCCCUUGGGGUGGCCCAACAGUCAGAACCGAGCAUCUCUGUGUAGGGCCUCUGUGUCCCGCUCCCCAAACCACAGCCCUGUUGCUGCUCCUGAGGGGACCUUUGCUUCUGACCACACUCUCUCUCCGGCGAGAGAUAGGACCACCCCAAGCCUGUCUUGCCCCGUGACCAUCUCAGGCCUUUCCUUUCUUUCUACACAUUAACUGUGUCAGAUCUAGGGGUCUGACACUAGAGAAGGUAACAGGGGCACCCCUAAGACUCAGGGGGUACUAAUGAACCAGAGCCAUGGACUCCACACUGUGAACUGGAGAACAGGGGGGGCAUUGUGGUAGGCCAGACCUUCCUCAACCCCUCCCUUCUCCCAUCUGGCCAAAGAUGAAGAGGAUUACAGGCCUAUCUGAGCUGAAAGCAGGUUUGGAGCCCAGUCCACACUCCUUCUCUUACACAUAGGAUGGUAAAGCCCAGAGAGGCAGGGACUAACCUAGGCCACCCAACAACAGGGAGAUCAAUUGUAGGCUGACACACUCCUUUCUGAAUGAGGGCGUCAAGUGCUUGUUGGCAGGGAUGGAGUGACUUUCAGGGAAACAUCUGGAAACGACGUCUGCCCCGCCCUCAACCACUUCCAGGCCCCUACCCAACCCUUGUGCAGAUGAACUGUCUGUUCAAAACCUGGUCCAUUGGCCUGUUCUGAUGGAGUCGGGCUAAUGUCCUGGGGAGUGGGGUGCUGCCUUCCUCUGUCUGUCAGGCUUAGCCACAGGGCAUUUGUGGAGGGAUGAAUCUGUUAGCACCCUCAUUCGUGUCAUAAGCCUGAAGCCAACAGUGGCCCUUGGAGUCAACCCUAGGGGUCAGGGACCAAGGACCCACCCCAUAAUCCAACACCACACACACACACACACACACACACACACACAGAGAGAGAGAGAGAGAGAGAGAGAGAGAGAGAGAGAGAGAGAGAUCAUGCUUUUCCCCCCAUGGCUCUUUUUGGGCUGAGACCAGAUCCUGCUGGAAGUCGCUGGCUGCCAGAGAAAGAUGGAAGGGGACCGAGAUGAGCUUCGUGGGGCUGUCUUCCUCACCUCCCGGCUCUGGCAGGCCAAGAACUGCUGCAUCUGAGCUGGCGUGCGUGCGUCCGUCCCUGUCCGUCGGUCUCCAAUGGCCUGUGUGUGGAGGAAUGCUCACACCGCUCCCUCUCCUCCCCUUCUUGAAGCCCAACUUUGGCUGCACCCAGAAAACAGUGAAGAAAAGCAGGCUGCUGUGAGAACACAAGAAAAUGCAGAUGCUGGCCCGCAGUCUGAGGCAACUUUCUCCUCAGUUUCAUGGCCCCUGCAAAGGACCAAUUUCCUGGGCAUGGCCAGGAAGGGACCCGAGUGCUCAUUGGCCGGCGCUUUCACCUGGCUCCUUGGCCUGUUCUGUUUUGCUUGCUGUUGGAAUGAGUGGGCUCCCCCUCUAUUUAGCAUGAAGGAGCCCCAGGCAGGGUAUGCACAGACUGACUGCCAUCCCUCCCCACCCAGGGUCCACCCAGCCCUGUAAGGAGACAAGGAGCCUUGUGCUCGGUGGUAUUUUUAUGGACCUCGAUCUGCAAUUAGUAGAAGGACCCCACCGGCUGGCCCUCCCCGGACACCUGGGAAGUGGGACAUUCUUUGUGUAUUUAUUUUCCUCCCCCAGAAGCUGGGGGUGGGUGGGUGGGGGAGGAGCUGCAGGACCAGUUUAGCAUGUGUUUGGUUCUGGGGGUCUCUCCAGCCUUAUUUUGGGUCAAGAUGGAACCUCUGGCCCUCCAGCUGGCGACUAUGAGAUCCAGACCUCUUCAUGUUCCCUGACACUUCCCCUUUGCAUCCUGUGUAAUCAUUUCUUGGGCCCUCCCAAAACCUACACAUAAAACAUACGUGAUGACCAUUAAAUAGCAAAAAAAAAA